GCUCCAGUGCUCACAGGGGAGAGCACAUAGAAUCAUUCGAUUGCCAACAUUUUCCCGCGAAGGGUGUGACGGGUCGUUUGAGUUGUGCCACAGCAAAGUUUCGCAGCCUUUUUGCGUGUUGGAUUUACUAUUGCUGUGCGUGCGUUCCAGAUUGAUAAAAAUGGCCGCCAAUCUGGCCAAAUCGGCGGACCCGCUGGACAUGAAGAAUGCCGUCGAGAUUCCGCUCACGGACGAGGCCACGGCAGCUGCUGAACAGAAGGCCCAGCAGCAGCAGCAACAGCAGAAGAGGCAGAUCAACUGGAAGUUCUGGGAGGCGCUCAACUGGGAACCGUUGAAGACACCCCGGAGCGUGCUCAAAGGCGGACAAGUGCUUUUCGGCACUCUCUUCCUCUCCACCAUCCACGACCAACUCCGACGCUACCUGAACCGGGCCUUCCCGGACUAUUUUCUGCUGUUUGGGGCGUACAACGUGACCGUCGUGACCCUGGCCCUGCUCAUCGAUUCCGUCAUCAAGGCCCAGCCGUUGCGUGCCAGCUUCACGCCCCGCCUCUGGGCCCGCGCCGAACUUUGGCUGACCGGCCUCGUCGCGCUUGGCUUUCACGUGUUGGCAUUCCGCAUCGGCGCCCUCUCCGAGAUGGUCAACCGGGAGUACAUAGAGGUGGGGGUCGUCGUGGUCUCCCUGCUCGGCUACCUCACGGCGGCCUUCUACGCGGCCGACUGGUGGCGCAUGUACCGAGCCCGGCACGAGAAAACCAUGGCCGGAACCACCAGCAGUAGCUUCGAGAAGAUUGUCGUCGAGUGUAGUUAGAUUUGAGGAGGAAAGCGCACCCUCUUUGGAUGAAUGUUUAUCGUGUAUUUGAAAUUAUACAUAUAUGUAAUGAAAUAAUGAAAACAAUAAUAGUCAAAUCCAACCGAAACCAAAGUGUGUAAACAUCGACCAGUUAUAUACAAUCCAUGUGUAAGCUUAUAUCAAUAAAGGACCGUUUUACUCGUAUCGAUGUGAAA